AUGCAGAUGAGUAGUAUUUCAGUCGGUGAUGCUACUCGCUCACUCGACGGGUUAGCUGUUGUGGAGAAGCCUUCUUCUGAAAUAGUGGGAAGAGGUGUAAUGAACUACGAUGAAGAUACAAUAAUCGCUUGUGCACAAAAAUCAAAACCUUGUUUCAAACCACUGACGAAUUCAACGGUCGGUAUCAUUGGAUAUUGUAUGUUUACAUGCGUUGUAAUCGUCGUCGGUGUUCUGAUAGUUUAUUAUACAACACCAGAACCAGCAGUAAACACAUGUGGAAUGACUUUUGCAGCAACAGAUCAGAAUCCUAUCGAAUAUGAUAAUGGACCCCGUUCAAUCGUUGCUGCUGAUCUCAAUUCGGAUACNUAA